AUGAUCGAAAUUGAAUCUAAUGAACUUUGGCCGAUUGUGUAUAGAAAUGAAUAUAACGUUAAAUUUUUUGGACUUGAAAAGUUGCAUCCCUUUGAUUCGAAAAAAUGGGGGAACAUAUAUAAAGUAAGUGUUACUUUUGAGAAUAAUAUUCAAUCACUUUUAUAGUUGUAUAUGUGAAUUUUAUUCCAAGGCUGAUUUUGAUUUAAAAUUAAUUUUGUACGGACAUCAUCAUAGUAUAUUUAUUGAAUUAAAAAUAUGUCUCCCGUUCUUAUUAAAAGGUUUAAUUAUACCCAGUGGUGUAGCCAGGAUUUUUCAAUGAGGGGGGGUUUAUGAGUACAACUAUAUAUUUACCUACAGCUGAAAAAAGCAAUGAGGUAGGUUAUAACCCCAAACCCUGGUUACGCCAUUGACUAUAUACAGUUAAAAAUAAAUAUUAGAUAUUUGUUUUAAUUAUUUGUUAAUUUAUACCUCCUUUAAUUGUUUAAGAUAUUAAAGAAUACCCUGGGUCUAAAUCAAAGUAAUAUCUACGUUCCUGACGAAAUCACUGAAGAUGAAUUGCUUACAAUUCACAGUAAAAAAUAUCUUAAAAGUUUAAAAGUAAAUAUUAUUUUUGGUUUAAGUCUGCCUUUUGGGGAACAAGAAAAAACCUUCAAAAUAUUAAAAAACAUCUUAAAUAACAUUUAUUCAGGAACUUGCUCACACAAAUUAUGCGUGGUCUGAUUUUGAAAUUUUUCAUUUUCCAUCCCUUUUCUAAGACAGAAAGACAAUGGCUCUUGGAUAUUGGAAAAAUAACAAAUUAUUCAAAAAUGGUACAGAUAUUUUUUUAUUUUUAAAGUCAUCUAGAAUACAGUACGUGAAUUAAAAUUUCUAUUUUUAUUUUUAAGCAAUAAUUCUUAAAUACCUACUAUAGCCCAUUAUACCUAGUAAUACCUAUUUGUUAUUUUCUUUAUAUUGUUUAUGUAUAUUUUUUAUUUGUAUACACAUACUGUCAUUUUAAUUUAUUUUAUUUCCGUAAAUAAAGAAAUUAUUAUUACAAGUCCACUGCUACAGGAUAAAAAGGAGUUUGUGAAAACAUCUUAUUAAAUAUUUAAACAAAUAUUAAAUAAACACUUUUUAAUAUGUUGUCAUUAUUUUUAAUACCCAAAAUCCACAGUGUCUUUGAAAAGAGGUAAAAAAUUAAAAAAUUCAAAAUUGGAUUAUGUAUAAAUUGACUGGGCAGGUACCUGAACAAAUAUUAUAUAACAUGUUUUCAACAUUUUGACUUUUCCAACUACCCAAAAGCAAGAGUUCAACCUUAGUAUGAAAUAAAAAUAUUACAUUUUGAUAAUAAUAAUAAUAAUACAUACAAAAAAUAAUGUUAUAAAUAUAAUGUUUGAUAGUGGAGUUAUGUUGCUGCGCGUAUAUCAGAAAUUCCUGUGGUUGCUGUACUUCCAAAUUUUUUUGUUCAAAGACAAUACUUAAAACCAUUAAGGUAAACAAUUUCAGAUUUAAAUGUUUUGGUGGUCAUUAUUUUUUAAUUAUUUAGAUUUCAGGUUGGAGGUACAAAAUUAGCUGGCAGAAUAGCUCGAAAAAAAGGAGUUGCUAUAAAUUUAGGCGGAGGUUUUCAUCAUUGUAGUAAAGAUCGCGGUGGAGGGUUUUGUCCAUACGCAGAUAUAACACUGGCUGUUAAUGAUGCUCUACAAGAUGGCUGUAAAAUAGUGAUGAUAAUUGAUUUAGAUGCUCACCAGGUCAGUCAACAAAUUUAAAAUCUUAAAUUUGUUUUAAACAAAUUGAAUUGGUCUUUCAAAGGGUAAUGGAUAUGAAAGAGACUUUAUUGGCAAUUCAAAAGUAUUUAUUAUUGAUGUGUUUAAUAAAAAUAUAUACCCUAAAGAUGCAUAUGCUGAAAGUGCUAUUUCGCGGGCUGUGAAAUUAGAUUAUUUUAUACAAGACUAUGAAUAUUUAACCUUGGUUGAGAGGUAAACAUUUGCAGCAAUUUACUAAACAAAAUUUAAAUUAUAACUAUCUUGAUGGAUAACAUAAAAAUUAAAAAUAAAUAUAUUUAAUGGUAUUGAUUUGUUAUUGCCCCUCGUGGCCAUUAAAAAAAUGUAUCGCCUCGUCAAUCAAGUUUAUUGACUAUUUCUGUUACUAUUUUCUAAUCGCUAAACCAAAACUCUCAUAAGUAGUUAUUCCAAUUGAUUACCAAUACAUAGUUCACGUUUACAAAACGACAUUGAUGUUAUUAACUCAAGAAAAUUUGAAAAUAAUAUAUGAAGUAUAUAAUUUUUUGAACCGGAAAUCUUAACUCCUUACAUGAAUUGGAAGUGGUGAUUAUUGUCUUAUAUAUGUGCAACAUAAGAAUUUUAGUAGAAUUUACUGAUUGGUCUAAUGAAACGAUAAGAAUUCUGAAAACAGAUUUUAAAUUGUCAUCAACUCUACUUGAAAAUUAAUUUCUCAUAUGUUUUAUUUUAUCCCUCUAAACACUAAAACAGGAGUAAUUAAGAAAAUCAAAUAUUUAAAAUUUGUUGAGAAAUUAAAACUGGAAAAAUCUAUUUAUAUAAGUAGACUUGACAACAAAUUCAAAUCUGUUUUUAGAAUUCUAAUUGCUUCACUAGACUAAUCAGUACAUUGGAAAUAGAAAACAUAUAAAUUCUUAUGUUCCACGUGUGUAAGACAAAGACACCAAAUUACCACUUCUAAUCCCCUUAAACCAAUUAUCAACUUUUAAUGUCUUUUUCUUUAUGAAAUUCUGACAAUGUCAAUACUAAUGCAAAACUUUUAAAAACAUUUCUUGGCUGUUUUCAUAAGUAUAUUCUUUUAAAAAUAUUUUUGGAUUGCAACAUCUGGUACUUGGGUGAAUAAAUAUGGAUUUUAUGACCCACAAAAUGAUAAAUAAAAAUUAUGAUUGUUGAAAAACAUAUUGAUGUAAGUAAUUUUUUAACCCUCGAUAGUCAUACCAGAGGAAAAAUUUUCUGAAUUUUUUUUUCUCAGAAUAAUCUACCUGUAACAAAUGUUUGAUUCAACCUUCCUUUUGAUAAUUUCAUUCAGGAAUUAAUUUUAGAGUUUUGAAUAAACCCUUUUGUUUCUUUAAUAAAGGAUUAUGUGACUUAUACCACUAUGACUUUAAUCCAUUCAGUUCCAAGUCGUAUUCGUCUAUUAAUGUACAAGAAAAUUGAGUAGGUUGUAUGUUAUAAAGUCAUACCUGUAUAGUAUGUUUUUUUUCCAAAAAUUACAAAUAAAUAAUAGCAAAUUAUAUCCAAUUAUUCUAUUAUUGUUAUUAUUAUAGAAUGGUGGUGGGGUGAUAACAAACAAGUACUCAUGUAUUAACUAUUUAUUUAUCUUUUGAUUAUUUUAACUGAGUAGUGGUUUUAUAAGUAGUGGAAUUUGAUUAAAUAAUAACUAGAUAUUAUAAUAAUAAAGAAAUUACAAACACUGUUUAAAACAUCAUUCCGUACAAAUGUUUGUGUUUCACUCUUACUCUUCCUGUUUUAGAAAAUCUUGUAAAACUUUUAGCAACUUUAUUAGUAUAUAAUUUGACUUUUUUCUUUAUGAAUGAAACCUUGUUUCAAUUCUGCAUGGUAAAUGCUUGACUCAUUAUCAAACACAAUUCUUCACAUUAUAUAUCAAUCUAAAAUCACCGUGCUUUUUUAAAUUAACGUAAUUAAUAGUAGUAAUAAUAUUUAUCAAGUGCUCCAAUUUAAUAUUUGUUGAAAAUAAAUCUUACUAUCAUUCUAUAUGUAUUUUUAUGAUUUAGAAUACUAAUUUUAAUUUUUAGUAUCUACUAAUUAUAGAUGUGAUGUGUUGUUAAAAUUAAAAAGAAACUUAUGUAGUGUUUUGUUUCUAACUGUACACAUUUUGUUUAAAAUAUAUGGUAUAAUAGAAUUUAUGAAAACAAUUUUAACUUAAUUUCAACUAUUUAUUUAAUAUUUUAAUCAUAAUUAAUUCAUACUCUUUAUAGACUUCCUUUAUAUUUGUUUAGUGCUCUGACUGAUUCACUUGAGAAAGUUAAACCUGACUUCAUAGUUUAUAAUGCGGGAACAGAUAUUUUAAAAGGUGAUGAAUUGGGUAUGCUCUCCAUUUCUCCAGAGGUAAGUUUAAAAAAACUUAAAUUGAUUGCAUUGCAUUAUAAUAGCCAAUUUUAUAAUUUUUCUAUAAUAUUAUUUUUUUUUUCAAUUGUUGAGUUAACAGUAUCACAUUUAAAUUUUUUAAAAUUAACCAAUACAUCAAAUUAAUACCCUUCUUGGCUUCACAACUCUUCAAGAAUUUUUGUUGUUACUGUCAUCUCUUUCCAUUUGAUUGUUUACUUUUUCUUCCCAAUUUGGUAUCCCUAAUUUUUCCAAGUUCUGUUUUAUUCAGUCUAUCCAUUGGUUCUUUGAAUGUCCUCUUGGUUUCUUUCUGUUGGUUUCCUCUCAACUACUACUUUAAAAUUUUCUGAGUCCGACCUUAUAAUUUUGAUUCUUUGUACUUUUACAAAAUUAGUUAUCCUCAAGACUUUUUUCAAGUCUCAGAUUUCUUUGUUUCUCCUACAUCAGCAUCUCGAUUUGCUAUCAUAAACUUGGUUACAGAUGAUUGUCAAUAUUUUGUUCUUGAACAGUUAUGCUGUCAAAAUCCAUACCUUGCAAACAUAUUUUAGGAUUUAUGUAAUCAAUAAUAGAUUGUAUAAUAUAUGUAAAUUAUCAUAGUAAGAUUAAAUAAAGAGACUAUUUGUUGGGUUUUACUGUAGUUUUCAAGUUGUAUGUAUUCAAAUAUUUGUAUAGGCUAUAUUAUCACUGAUUUGUUUGUGCUAAAACAAUUAAAAUUAUUUACUUACAAAAAAACAUCAUUAUAAAAUUGUAAAUUGUAUAACAAUUCAUAUUUUUCACUUUGAACUCUAUUCAGAUGUAUUUGUAAAGUGCAAACAUUUUGUUUAUUAAAAGAUAUUUUUAAAUUAUAAAUUCAGCCGUUAUAGUACAAUAGCAUGAUAAAGGUUUGAACAUAUAUAUACGAGUACCCAACUGUUUAAAUUUAUUACCUACUUAAAACUUAUGUGUACAAAUCAUGUUAACACUAUUUUAGUUAUAAUUUAUUCUGUGCGAAUAUGCAUAAUAUACUAACUGUAUAAUUUAAAUUCUAUGAAUGGUAAAAAUUAAAUUUUUAUUGGCAAGUUUUAAAUUUGUAUAGCAAAGCCAUAAAGUUAUAAAGUUAUGAAGUUUAUAAUAAAUAUAACGGAUUUUAUGUUUUUUCUCGAGUAACAAUUUUAGAAAUAGUAUAUUAUGCUAACCAUGUUUGAAUUAUUAAUACACCAUGAAUAUAUUUUAACAUGUGUAUUAUAAAUUGUUUCGGUACUCUACAAUUUAAAGAUAUAAAUUCUCUCACAGGUUACAUUUGAAUUUAUGUGCAAUGGAAUAUUGAUAAAUUAACUACACCCAUUUUUGAUUUUUCACCCAAUUUAAGAAUAGUGUUUUAAUAUACUCGUAGUUUUAUUAACAUAAAGCUUAAAGCUACAAUGUUAAUAAUAAGUAUAGAUAAUGGUUUUAUGUUUUUCUUGGAUAAAAAUUUUUAUAAUAGUAGGUAUAAACCAUAAUAUGCAAUUUUUUAAUUAUUAUGUAAACAAAAAUAUCCUAAGGGCUAAGAACCUACAUUAAUUAUAAUUUUGUUUAGAAUUGUUUUUAGAAUAUGAAAAUAGUUUACCAAUUUAAUAGUUUUAAUAUUGUGAGUAAUAAAUAACUGAUAUAGUGUAUUUUUUGUUAUACACAACAAUACCCAAUAAACGGCCAGUUGAAUAAGGCCUUUGUCUAAGAACUCGCACUUUUAUACUCGAGUUUUUUUUUUUAUUUUGCUUAUGUUAUUUCUAAAUUAUUUUUUACUAAUAUCUGUAGUAUGUGUAAAUAUUAUUUUCAUUUUUUGCUCUUUAAAAUAUUUUUUUUACAUAAAUAAUUAAGAAUAUAAACAUAAUAUCACAAUCAUUGGUUUGUAAAUACUAAUGAAUUAUGAACAGUUCUUACAUACAAUUUUUAAUUACCAUAUAUUUCCUUAAAACGUAUAAAUAUAUAAAUUGUACAAUUUGUAUUUAAUGAUUACCAGCAAACAAAACAGAAAGUAAUAAUUAAUGAUAGCAAGGUAUCCAAUAAUUAGUAUUAAUUUCUAAUUUAAUGAUCAGUGUUCAGACUAAAAUUGAUUUUUUAUAUUUACAUUAAAAAUAGUAAAAUGUUGUAGAUUUCUAAUGUUAUAAUAGCUUUAAUUGUACUGUUGAUUUAAAUUGUGAAAUUUAAUUUUGUAUAAUUGGAUAUUUUAUGGAUUCUUUUAUGUUAAUACAUAUUUAAUGAGGGUCUAAAAUAUUUUAAAACUCAUUUAAGUAUUUUGAAUACCAUAAUAUAAAAUUAACAAUUUUCUUUUUCAUAGAUUGAUUAAAAACAAAACGAAAUACAAUCUCUACAAAUAUCUAACUUUACUACAUACAUACUAAUUACUUUUUUAUUCGAUUUGUAAAGAAUAAUAAUAUAUUUAACCUAGUGUACACAAUGAGGCAGCAUGCAUUGCACCUGUUAUGGUGUGUGAAGCUCACAAAAUUUAAUUUUAUACCCAGUGAUAUUUUUGUUACCAUUAUAUUGGGAAAAUUAUGUAGUGCAAAGAACGAUUACAUGAGUAAUUAUAAAUUUGUAUUGGCAAACCGAAUUUUCAACAAUCUAGGAAUAAUAUCCUAAAGUUGAUAUUAAAUUCACAAUGGUUAUGGUGUUUAUAAGUAGAGUACACAAAAUUGAUUUUUGCAAUAAAUAAUUUAACAUUUUUAUUGAAAAAUUUGGGUGUAAAAUAUUGUUAAUAUAGUUUGUUUUUUUUCGACCAUUUACCGCGUUUUAUUUUUGAUAAAGUUAGGAAUAACGCCCUAACUAUACAUAAUUUGCAGGGAAUAUUGCACAGAGACGAAAUGGUUUUUAAAUUGGCCAGACAAAAUAAUAUACCGCUGGUGAUGUUGACGUCUGGCGGUUACCAGAAGACGACAGCGAACAUUAUAGCGAAGUCUAUUCAGAAUCUAGUACAACGAGAACUAGUCAAGCCUUCUCUAGUAGAAUAA